AAACUUGCCACCAACUUCCAGCAAGCCACUAUCACCUUUCAACACCCUACCAUUAGCUUCCACCAACUUGCCAUCAGCUUCUAGCAACGUACCAGCAGCUCCACCAUUUGGGUUAUCAACUUCUUGAAAACCUUCGUCGUGUGAUAGCGAUAUCAUAGAUUGGCAACCGGCGACUAUUCGUGGUCCUUCGAACUAAGUGGCAAAGAACUGGUGGUUUCCUCAGCAUUACAAGGAUGAAUCAGAAUGGCCUUUCUCAGCCCAUCAACCAUGAUGGGGAUACAUUGAGCAACAGCAGUGGCAUCAUGCAUAACUCCGUCAUGUCGUCGGUUCUGGACAUCACCAAGUCACCACGAUACAGCCCCACGGCGUGUGGAACAUCAUUGCGUAGGAAUGAAGACGAGGAACCCAGAGGAAGAAACUCCACAGCAAGAAACGAGCCCACAAGUCCCAAUAACCCGGUGAUGAGUUUGCGAGAUUACGACUCGGAUUCAACACAACCUUUCGUGCACGUGGGCCAGAUGUCACCGAUAGGAGACCCCAGCGCCGAAGAGUACAACAAGGAAACCACACUGACCUUAGCGCGACUGCCAAGGCUGACGGUCGAAGACGACAUCGCAUCUGGAUCCGUCUCGACUCACUGGUCGCUAACCUCCUGGCUGCGCACCCAAAACCAGCACUCCAACGCACCAGGACUCUUGGGCAGUUGUGUUGAGGAGGUCCAAGCGACCGAAAGGUCCGACUCGACAUCGUCCGACGAUUCCUCGGUUGGGGGCGAUGAUCGCUUUGGCAUGGGCGGAUAUCGACCACCCCAAGCCGACGCUGUCAGGGCAGCGAACGCUGCGUGGGACAUCUACCUAGACGACGAUGUCAUUCCCGACCUUGUUCUAGCGGCUCCUGAUUCCCAAGUAAUCCUCGACGAAACGCUCUCCUCGAUUGAUGAUACGGUCCAGUACGACCCGGUUUGCAGUCCCUUUCCUUGCUUUGUUGAGAUGGAUCAAGAUACCGGUAGGGCCGACUCGGCCGACGAUUCCUCGUUAGAUGGCGAUGGUCUCAGUGCACAGACCACGUCUUGGGAAAACUACAUGGAUACUUACUACCUGUUGCGCUCCCCGUCUGAGCGCUCUCAAAACGAUGCCGAAGACGACCUGGUCCUAGCGGCUCCUGAUUCCUUACCUCUCCCGAUGGAAGAUGAGAUGCAAGACACGGUGUGCAGUCCUCUGCAAACACCUGGUUCGGAGCCGUGGUCCCCAGUCUCGCCAUUUUGUCUGGCCCAAGGGUUGCGUACCUCCGCCCGAUUACUCCCACCGACCCCAGCGAGUACAAUCCCACCGGCAGCCUUAGACAUGCUUCACGGGAGACAGCCAAGGACAGUCACAUCCGAGGUCGAAGACUCGGAUCGGGGACUGCAAGUUCAUCGGGUAUCGCCUGGCGCAGAGGAGGCGCUAAGUGAAGACCACUGGGUCUUUGCCCCCCUAUCAUGGCGAGUGAACACGCACGACCGCCGCCUACCCCCGAGUCUAGUCCAGUUUGUUCUUCAGCAUGAACGCACACGAGUCCAUUUCAUACGGCACGCGGGUGGUCACCGCUUCCGGAUCACCAUCUCGGGGCAGCGAGCUGUCACCAUUUCCAUGUGCUACCCAAAAGAAUAAGGGGGGUGGGAGGAAGCAUAAAACUAGCCCCCACAUUUGUUUAUCACUUC